AUCUCCCGCGAGCCCAGAGGAACGGAGGCAGGGUGAGAGAGAGAAAAAAAGUCCCCGCGUCACGUGCCGGCGCGCUCCCGCUCCGGGGUUUAUACCUUGUAAAUACUGUUAUUUGUAUAUACUGUAAAUGAUGACAUCGGUGGGCCCGAAUCGAGCCCGGGGCAACUGGGAUCAGACACAAACGCAGCAUCAGCCACAGCAGAAACAGCGGCCACAGGCUACAGCAGAGCAGAUACGAAUUGCACAGAUGAUUUCAGACCACAAUGACGCUGACUUCGAGGAGAAAGUAAAGCAGCUGAUCGACAUCACAGGCAAGAAUCAGGACGAAUGUAUGAUUGCUCUCCACGAUUGCAACGGUGACGUCAACAGAGCCAUCAAUGUACUCCUGGAAGGAAACCCAGAUACGGAUUCUUGGGAAAUGGUUGGGAAGAAGAAGAGCUUGGCAGGCCCGAAGGAGACCGGCUUGGCGGAGGCCAGCGAGGAGAACAAAGAAAUGCGAGACAGAGACCGGGAGUUCAGCCGGCGGCGCGUGGGCGGAGGGAGGAGAGGCAGGGGCACAAGCCGGGGCAGGGAGUUUCGGGGCCAGGAGAAUGGACUGGACGGAGCAAAGAGCAGUGGGACCUUUGGCCGGGCCUCCGAGAGAGGCAGGCGAGGACGUGGCAGAGGUAGAGGCUUGGGCAGGAGAGGGGGCCGGUUUUCCGCCCAGGGGAUGGGGACGUUUAACCCGGCUGAUUACACGGACCCAGCCAGCACGGACGAGUACUACGGGAACCCCAACCCGACGUGGAACAGCGCUGGCACCUUUGAGCCCGACGAUGGGACAAGGCUUCAAUUCAGUGGGGGCGACGGGGCUAAUUGCCCUAGAAAGUUUGAAACUGUACCUGGCGCUUGGCGGACUGUGACGGAGGAGUGGGGGACAGACGACUGGAGUGAAGAUCCAGCACCAGGUACCACCUUCCUGAGUCCUGAUGACAAAAGGAACCCUCCAAAAGCAGUUAAUGGCUGCUAUCAGCUGUCCGAGACGAAGAUUUUCACCGCCUCCAAUGUCGGCCCUCUGCCUUCAGGGGGCGAGACCCUGACGAUCACAGCAGGGCAGAGGAUCGACCUGGCAGUGUUGUUGGGGAAACAGCCCUCGGUGUCGGAGAAUGAGCCGGCUCCCCUGGACACCUCUGCUUCGCCCACGCUCUCUCAGCCCCUGGUGUUCAACAACUCCAAGCAGCACUCAGUCUCGCAGCCGUCUCCUCCGACCACCUUCCCACAGCACAACAUGGUCAGCAUGCUGGGUAAGAACUUCGGGGACGUGGGUGAGCCCAAGGGUGGCAGCACUGCGGGAUCGCAAUUGCUGGAGCAGCUGAAGACAGCUCAGGCGCUGGCCCAGUUGGCCGCCCAACACACUCAACCCACCAGCAACGCUGCCUCCUCCUGGGACAUGGGACCCACAUCUCAGCCCUCAGCACUCAGCCAUUUUGAGUUGAAAAGCCAAACAGAACCUCCAGUCCACAGCCCCUUCAGCCAACGGCAAUCCUACUCCAACUCCAGUAUGAUGGAAGUCUUCAUCCCCAGCAAGCAGCCAACAGCAGCGCCAAGCUCCCCCCUGCAGAGCAAAGCUGGCACUACCCAGGUGUCUCCCGGAGCCUCAGAGAACCAAUCCUCCAGCCCCCAGCCUACGCAGCAGAAACUGAAGCCACCGAAGAAAAAGGCCUCUAUCGCUUCGAAGAUCCCAUCUUCUGCUGUGGAGAUGCCCGCCUCAGCAGACAUCGCGGGGUUGAACCUUCAGUUCGGGGCGCUGCAGUUUGGCUCCGAGCCCAUGCUGGCAGAGUACGAAGCCACCCCAGCAACCAGCGUGGCAGCGAGCCAGCCCCAGAGCAGCCCCUACACCGGGGCUGUCAGCGAGUCAUCAUCGACAAUCCCCUCUAAUCAGAGUCAAGAGUCGGGAUACCAGCCUAGCACGAUCACCACCUCGGCGUUCACGACCCAGAACAGUGCCCCCGGGCCACAGUACGAGCAGAGCUCCAGUCAGCGGGCAGCGUACUCCAACUCCCUCUCUUCCUCUCCUCAGAAGGACCUGACGCAAGCCAAGAAUGGCUUCAGCACGAUACAGACGUCACAGUCCAUCGAAGCUGCAGCUGGUUCUGCAGUGAAGUCUGACUCGCCCGCGGUCCCCAGCAUGGCUUCACUCUCGAAUGCAGUAUCCGCGUCGUCGCUAUUAACAUCGAGCAGCCAGCACCCUGCAGGCCUGACUAACCUUAGUCACACUGAGGAGCUGCCAAGCACUACCACCCCACAGCAGAGCAGCACUGCGUCUACCCAACAGAGCAGCAGUCUGUCUUCAUCCUCAGGGCGCUCUUCAACUUCAACCCACUUGCACACAAGUGUGGAAAGUGAAGCGUGUCUCCACUCGUCCCCCAGCACUUUCGCCACAGCGGCCAGCACUGUGUCGGUGGCUCCGUCGUCGAGCGUCUCCAACACCCUCGGGAGUGUGAGCAGCCUGAAUCUGAGUCUGGUCAGCAACUCCACUGUGACAGCUGCCUCUCGCAGCACUGUUGCAACCACGUCAGGGAAAGCUCCUCCCAAUCUCCCCCCAGGGGUUCCACCAUUGCUGCCUAACCCAUACAUCGUGGCACCGGGACUGCUCCCCGCAUAUCAGCCUCAGGUGUACGGCUAUGACGAUUUGCAAAUGCUUCAGACAAGGUUUCCUCUGGACUAUUAUGGGAUUCCGUUUGCCGCUCCCACCACCCCGAUCACUGGAAGGGAAGCCAGCCUGACAAAUAAUCCGUACUCUGGAGACCUGACAAAGUUUGGCCGCGGAGAUGCCUCCUCUCCUGCCCCAGCCACCACACUGGCGCAGCCUCAGCAGAACCAGACGCAGAGCCACCACACCACGCAGCAGACCUUCCUGAACCCAGCCUUGCCACCGGGCUACAGCUACACCAGUCUGCCAUACUACGCCGGCGUGCCCGGGCUCCCCAACACCUUCCAGUACGGACCCGCCAUGUUUGCCGUGCCCCCCACAUCGUCGAAGCAACAUGGCGUGAAUGUGAAUGCCCCGGCCACAGCGUUCCAGCAGGCAAGCGGCUACGGAACUCACGGCUACAGCACUGCUGGUGUGUCAGUGACUUCCAGCAACACCGGUGUCCCAGACAUCUCAGGAUCUGUGUACAGUAAGACCCAGCAGUCUUUCGAGAAGCAGGGCUUUCACACUGGAACUCCGGCUGCCUCCUUCAACCUGCCGUCAGCACUGGGCAGUGCGGGUCCGGUGAAUCCAGCCACCGCAGCCGGCUACCCGCCGCCGUUCAUGCACAUCCUGGCACCGCACCAGCAGCAGAUGCACUCGCAGAUCCUGCACCUCCAACAGGACGGCCAGAGUGGAACAGGCCAGCGUACUCAAACCAGCAGCAUCCAGCAGAAAUCGCAGGGGAAUAAGUCUGCUUACAACAGCUCGGGCUACUGGGGUCCCAACUGAGCAGAGCAAGGGGAGGGGUGAGAAGGGGGGGGGUUGGUGGGGAUUGUGGGAAGUGAGGAUGCGGCCCCCUCCCCCUACAGGACCCCCAGCCGUCCCGCCCCUCUUCCCCUCUCACCCCCACAGUCUCCCCUACUACAACAACACCUGUAACCCCCCCAAGCCCACGUUCCGUACGUAACCCUGGCUUCGAAAAGGCAAGCAACAGAAACACACCCACACAGGUCUGAGUUAGGAGAGCGACCCUGCCCCCCUCUCCCCCGAUCUCUUCUCUCCCACCCUUCUCCCACCACCCACCUUCCUGUCAUCCCCUCUCGCCUGCCCCAUUUUAAACCCCCUCCCCACCCACAAAAACCCUCCCGGUUGACUGUCGAAAGCGACGGGACGUCCUAACGCAAAUUACGUCGCGAGAAGACGAGAAGCAAGAAACGCUCUGCAGUUAUGUUUCCGUGAUGCCCAGAUUUACUGUUGUCUGUAAUAUAGAGUUUGUAAGUUCUCCAUUUAUUUUUUUUUUCCGCGUUCAGAUUCCGAGAUGCUUGGUUUGAUUUUUUUUUAAAAAAAAAGAGGAAAAAUAAAGACAGAUCCCUCCCCCCUCCUUUCCCCCCGCUACCUCCUGCUCCCGGACGGAAACCUUGCUUCUUCCGAAACACACCCCUCCUUCCCCCAUGCCCACCCCCUCCUCGUCUCGAUGAAGGAGCUUCUAAAUGUAGAGUGAAUUUGAUUUAACUCUCUUCCCCCCCCUCCCCCCACCUCCUCUUUUCCGAUGUGUACCCACACCGUCCCGUAUCUCCCCCCCCCCACUCCCCCCUUUCUUUAGAAAACUUCACGUGAUAUGAACAUUGUGGUCUUUCUGGCUUCUUUUGAGGUGUUUCUUUUGUACUGUGUUUCAACUCGGUGAGCAAUGUAUCUCUUGUGUAUAUAUAUAAAAACACACAGAAUUGUAGAAGGACCCAGAUUCUCACCUGCUCUUUUGGCUUUAAGUUUUUUUUUUGUAAUUAAUUCCAUGGCAUAAAAAAAAGGAAACGCAA